CGCGAGCCUGCGCGUUAGGUAGCACAGUCGGAAGCUGGGAGCGGGCACCGCUGAGGACCCUCUACAUCGCCGAUCUGGCUUUAUCGCGCAGCUGCUGUUGGAGUGGUCGGGUUGCGGAUGGCGGCGGCAGCCGAGGCCGGGGCCCGUACCUGGCCGGGCAGCGAUUCCCCACGUCUCGGCAGCCCGGCCGGCAGCCCGGUACUGGGCAUCUCAGGCCGCGCACGCCCAGGGUCAGGGCCGGAGAGGACUGGCAGAGCUGUUGGCCCUGCAGCGCCCGGCCACAGCUUCCGCAAGGUGACACUCACCAAGCCCACCUUCUGCCACCUCUGCUCGGACUUCAUUUGGGGGCUGGCCGGCUUCCUGUGCGAUGUCUGCAACUUCAUGUCCCAUGAGAAGUGCCUGAAGCAAGUGAAGACCCCGUGCACAAGCAUCGCUCCAAGCCUAGUACGGGUCCCUGUAGCCCACUGCUUUGGCUCCCUCGGGCUCUACAAGCGCAAGUUCUGUGUGGUCUGCCGCAAGAGCCUGGAGGUACCUGCGCUCCGCUGUGAAGUGUGUGAGCUGCACGUUCACCCCGAGUGUGUGCCCUUCGCCUGCAGCGACUGUCGUCAGUGCCACCAGGAUGGACAGCAGGAUUAUGACACAUAUCACCACCACUGGAGGGAGGGGAACCUGCCUUCUGGUGCACGAUGUGAGGUCUGUAGGAAGACUUGUGGUUCCUCAGAUGUGCUGGCUGGUGUACGCUGUGAGUGGUGUGGUGUACAGGCCCACUCAGUGUGCUCCACAGCACUCACACCUGAGUGUACGUUUGGGCGUCUACGUUCCAUGGUAUUGCCUCCCUCAUGUGUGCGCCUCUUAUCCCGAAACUUCAGCAAGAUGCACUGCUUCCGCAUCCCUGAGACUAUGGCCUUGGAGCUUGGUGAUGGAGACGAUGGCCUAGAUGGAAGUGCUGCCACAGGCAUAGGCAGAGAGAUGCAGACAGCCACAGAAUCCACCAAACAGACCUUGAAGAUCUUUGAUGGCAACGAUUCCAUGAGGAAAAAUCAGUUUCGCCUGGUUACAGUUUCCCGCAUGGCUCGGAAUGAGGAGGUGAUGGAGGCAGCACUUCGAGCCUACUAUAUCAACGAGGACCCUAGAGACUUCCAGCUGCAGGCACUGCCCUUAACCAUACUGUCUGGCAAUGCCCAGGCCCCGGGGAAGGCCGGAACCACUGAGGAAGAGGCUAGCAAAGGCUCUGGGCCCCGGGAUUCCAUGCCUGAGGCCUGGGUCAUCAGGUCUCUGCCUCGUGCCCAGGAGAUCCUGAAGAUCUACCCUGGCUGGCUCAAGGUGGGUGUGGCCUAUGUGUCCAUCCGUGUGAACUCACAGAGUACAGCACAGUCUGUGGUUCAAGAGGUUCUUCCGCUGCUUGGACGACAGGUUGAGGAUCAGGGGAGAUUCCAGCUGAUUGAGGUGCUCAUGAGCAGCAGACAAGUCCAAAGGACAGUGCUGAUGGAUGAGGAACCUCUGCUAGACCGACUUUGGGACAUUCGACAGACAUCUGUGCGCCAGGUGAGCCAGACGCGGUUCUACGUGGCUGAGAGCAGGGCCAUGGCCCCACAUGUCUCCCUGUUCGUGGGUGGCCUACCACCUGGCUUGUCCCCCCAGGAUUACAGCAACCUGCUGCAUGAGGCCAUGGCCACCAAAGCUGCUGUGGUGUCUGUGAGUCACGUCUACUCCUUACAAGGCGCAGUAAUUCUGGAUGUCACCUGCUUCGCGGAGGCUGAGCGGCUAUACAUGCUGGCCAGGGACACAGCAGUACAUGGCCGGCCACUGACUGCACUGGUGCUUCCAGAUGUACUGCACACGAAGCUGCCUCCUGACUGCUGCCCCCUCCUCGUGUUUGUGAACCCAAAGAGUGGGGGCCUCAAGGGCCGAGAGCUGCUCUGCAGUUUCCGGAAACUGCUGAAUCCACACCAGGUCUUUGAGCUGACCAACGGGGGCCCUCUUCCUGGGUUCCACCUUUUCUCUCAGGUGCCCUGUUUUCGGGUACUGGUGUGUGGUGGAGACGGCACCGUGGGCUGGGUGCUCGCUGCCCUGGAGGAGACAAGACGCCAUCUGGCCUGCCCAGAGCCGUCUGUGGCCAUCCUGCCCCUGGGUACAGGGAAUGACCUUGGCCGGGUCCUCCGUUGGGGGGCAGGCUAUAGUGGUGAGGACCCAUUCUCUGUGCUGGUGUCUGUGGAUGAGGCUGAUGCUGUGCUCAUGGAUCGCUGGACAAUCCUGCUGGAUGCUCAUGAGACUGAUAGUACAGAGAACAGUGUGGUAGACACGGAGCCCCCCAAGAUUGUUCAGAUGAGUAACUACUGUGGCAUUGGUAUCGAUGCGGAACUCAGCCUAGACUUCCACCAGGCACGUGAGGAGGAGCCUGGCAAAUUCACAAGCAGGUUCCACAACAAGGGUGUGUAUGUGCGGGUUGGGCUGCAGAAGAUCAGCCACUCUCGAAGCCUACACAAGGAGAUCCGGCUGCAGGUGGAGCAGCAGGAGGUGGAGCUACCCAGCAUUGAGGGUCUCAUCUUUAUCAACAUCCCCAGCUGGGGCUCGGGGGCUGACCUGUGGGGCUCUGACAGCGACUCCAGGUUUGAGAAGCCGCGCAUAGACGACGGGCUGUUGGAGGUGGUGGGUGUAACGGGUGUCGUGCACAUGGGCCAGGUCCAGGGUGGGCUGCGCUCUGGAAUCCGCAUUGCCCAGGGCUCCUACUUCCGUGUUACACUCCUUAAGGCUACUCCAGUACAAGUGGAUGGUGAGCCCUGGGUUCAGGCCCCAGGGCACAUGAUCAUCUCUGCUACUGCCCCUAAGGUUCACAUGCUGAGGAAGGCCAAGCAGAAGCCCAGGAAGGCUGGCACCAUCAGGGAUACCCGAGUGGACACCUUGCCUGCUCCUGAGGGCAAUCCUUAAUAGAGGAGCCAAGAUGAAGGGUCUCAACCACCCAGCCUUUCUCGUCUUUGGUUCUGUUCCAAGUCACAUAUUGGCUUGCCAACAAAUGGACUUAGCUAUACCAUUGGCCAUAGCAUCUUCAUGGGUCUUGGGAUGUUUCCAUCCCUCAUCCUUAUCCAAUGUCAUCUGCAAACUUAGUAGCAGGCAGGUAAUGACCACUGCUCACUCUGCUACAGCCCCAGUCUAUAGGACAUGGGCACAAGGCUCUGGCUACUUUGUCUUCUAUACAAGACUGGUAUAGGAUAAAUGGAGCUGGUCCGGUUAGUCACACUCCUCCCUUUGAAAUCUCUUACGAGUCCCUUGGGCCCAACACUUCUGGAUGCAGGCCAUCCAGGUGGGCCCUCUGAUCUUAUUUUGUUUUCUUUCAAAACAGUUAGCCCUAUUAGGCCCUGGCCUAGCAGAUACAGAAUGCUGCUUGUUCCUCCUGCCCCUUUUAGGUGGGUGUGGCAUCCUCAAGUUCCCUGGGCUCAUCACCAGACAGCAGUUUGGGCUUAAGAUAUUAGUUGCAAGGUCUCAUCCAGCUAGUGUCCCUAAGCUGAAAAGCUGUACCAAGAAAGGAGAAUCUUUGUCUAACCUGAGACUAGUUAAGUUUAGGUGCCACUCAUGUGUCACAGCUGGAGUAUGUGCCAGGCCCUGAGUGUCCCUCCUCAGCCCUGGAGUGGUCACCUUGUGUCCAGAAGGGAUCAGAACAGGGCCAGGUGGUACUUGGUUGAGGAGUGUGUAAAUAACAUUGGCUAUUGUGGAGUGCUUAAAACUCCCUUAGACUCAACUUAUAGCACUUUAUAUACAUGCUCUUUGCCAGCCUGUAGCCCUUCCUUGUAGAUGUAGAGCUUCUGCUCUGGCUCCUACAUAAACCAAGGCAGCUCUGAUGGCCAGGCCUUGCUGGGAGCAUCAGGUUCACAGAAUGAGAGAAAGCUCUCUUCCAUCACCCAAGAAUUCAUCAGACCCCAGAAGAAUAUGUCCAAAAAUAAGCUGUCUAGCUAAACCUGGUGGUGCAUGCCUGUAAUUCAUUUCUUGGGGGCUAAAGCAAGAGAAUAGCAUGUUUAAGACCUGACUGGGCUACAGAGCUAAAGCCCCUGUUGAAAAGUAAAAAGAUAAAAAAAAAUGGGGGGGGGUGUGCUAAAGAUGUUCAGGGGGCCAGCCUCAGCCCUGGAUGGGGGAGGACCUAUGUGGGAUGUGUCCUGUGAUACCCCACAAACAAGUAAAUGGGUCUAGAUCCUUCUCCUGUUUGUAUCACUGGGCCUGUGCCACUCUCAGAAGUGGCUAUGGUGUGGACCAGGGGGUCUACCUGGCUGGCAGCUUUAUAGGACCAUUGUUCCACUCCCUCACCUGCUUCUGCCAAAACUGCACACAAGUGCAUUAGGUAGCCAUUUGUGUUCUCAGCAUAGAUGUUCCUCAUGUUUACAUCAUUUUCCACAUUCAAAAGAAACUGCAAUGUAGUUUUUCACUUUUAUUUCAGUCUAUAGGAAUUAUUUGUAAAUUGUGGUCAGUGUAGCAUGUCCUUUGUAUUUAAGUGAGACUGUCCCUUUGUGGAGUGUGUCCUGUCUCUGUGUGUAAUUUAUCACUACCUGAAUGUGAUCUAACUUAUAUCUGGGCCAAAUACAUUGUGCUGUCCUGUA